AUGCCUUUGACCUUCAACUGGCGCGCUCUUGCGCUCUCUAUAGUCUCAUUGACCCCCAUUGUGCUCGCCGACAUUUGUCAGACACUCGCCGCCGGCGGGAUUGAUAUUGAAUACCCUCUCACAGUCAGUUAUGUGGCUGAUCUGAACGACUACUGGUCCGUGGCUUGUGGAGACCUCAAACCGAAAUGUAUCGCCGCGCCGUCAAGUGCCGCUGAGAUGUCGCAGAUCAUUCAAGAGCUGCACAACGUUGAGACCCUGUUCGCCGUCAAGUCUGGGGGUCAUAUGCCGAACAAUGGAUUUGCCAGUAUCCAGGACGGUCUGUUGAUUACUACGAAGAAUCUCGAUCAAGUUUUCUACAAUCCCAACGAUCAGACGGCCGUCAUUGGUCCAGGUCUGUCAUGGGAAGAAGCGCAGAAGGGACUUGACGGGACUGGUCGCGCCGUUGUCGGAGGACGUCUUGGGGGUGUAGGCAUUGGAGGGUAUAUGUUGGGAGGCGGGAUGAGCUUUCUUAGCACUCAGUAUGGUUGGGCCGCCAACAACGUUGUGAACUAUGAAGUGGUGCUGGCCAACGGCACGGUGGUGAAUGCCAGCGAAAAAGAGAACACAGAUCUCUUCGCGGCCCUCAAGGGUGGUGGCAACAAUUUUGGAGUCGUCACCGCGUAUACCAUGCAGACGCAUCCUAUCGGCAAAGUCUGGGGCGGCAACUAUGUCUUCACCACGGACAAGACACCUCAAAUCUUGACAGCUCUUCGAAACUUUGUGGACAACUAUCCCGAUGACAAAGCUGCAAUCAUCCUGACGGCCGAGCGUGGUCUGCUCGUGAACACGUGGAUCAUGUUCCUCUUCUACGAUGGACCCGAGCCUCCUGCUGGCGUCUUUGACGAAUUCACCGCGAUAGGACAUACUUCCACCACCAAGACGUGGGACUCCUACUACGACCUCCUCAAACACAAUGACUUUUUCAUCCUGCAUGGACAACGCUACUCCAUUGCGACCGAGACUCUACCUGUACCAAACAGCACUGUUGGGACCGGACCGAUUAAAGACGUCUUUGACCAUUGGGUCGAGGUUGCCACAUCUGUCCUCGAAGUGACGGGAGUCAUUGGAUCCAUUGCGUUCCAACCGGUCCCCAAAAGUUUCUCCGAAAAGGCCAAGGCUCGUGGUGGUGAUCUUCUCAACGUCCCGACCGACAACAAUUAUAUCUUCGUCGAGCUGGAUUUCUCCUGGACGCUGUCUAUCGAUGAUGCCAAAAUCGACCAGGCCAAUCAAAAUCUCUACCAGGGAAUGGACAAUAUCAUUUCUAAGAAUAUUGACAAGGGUCUGCUGCCUGAUGUCUAUCGACCAUUGUUCAUGAAUGAUGCCUAUUUCCGCCAGGAUUACUGGGGUCGCAUUGAUCCUGCCUCCAAAGCUUCCGCACUGCAGACACGACUGCGCUAUGAUUCCGAGGGAUUCUUCCAGAAGCGUACCAGUGGUGGUUGGAGACUCAACUAA